AUGAUUAGUUGCAACAUAAUACCAUCCAAUUUGGAGGUUUUGCAAAAUUUGAGUCAAAAGCCUUACUCUUCUGAGUUAUAUGAACUGGAGGUUGCUUGUCAUAAUGUAUCCGUAAAUGAAUAUAAGCUGGAUUUCACACAUAUUAUGUAUGACUUGGUUCAAAGCAGCAAGCCUAACAUGGAAUUAUACAAGCAGCAACCUUAUUUGACGCCCGUUAUAAGAUGUAAGUUGAUUGACUUUUUAUUGAAGAUGUCUAUACGAUUAAAGAUUUUACCCUUUGUCUUCUUCAAGGCUGUGAAGUUGUUUGACCGUUACUGUUCCAAACGCAUAGUUUUAUUAGACCAAGCACAAUUAAUUAUAACAACCUGUCUAUGGAUUGCCGCGAAGGUUACUGGCGGCAAUAAUCAUUUUGUUAAUUUGAAUAAUUUGAAACAAUAUGAAGCUGGUGCCAACUCAAACCCCAAUAAUAUCAAGACCAUUAAUGAUUUAGGCUACGGUUGUGGAGGUAAGUUUCUUGGUCCUACUGAAAGAUUUCGGUUACCGAAAUUGCAUGAAUUGGUUAAAUUAUGUGGAGCAAAAUGCAAGUAUGAUCUGGGAAUGUUCAAACAAAUGGAAGUGCAUAUUUUACAGACCUUGGAUUGGUCAGUAAAUGAGCCUGGUAUUGAAGAAUAUAUUGCUCUGUCUCAUGAAUUUUCUACAAUGGAUGACCAAAUAAAUAAUGAAGCAUUCAAAGUUAAAGAGUAUUUGAGUUAUGUGUCAUUGUAUCUGUUUGAGUUGUUGGAUUGUGAUAUAAUAGAUUUGUCCAGAGUUAUCUUGGAUUUGGUUAAUGAAAUCUUCUGUCUUGAUAAAUCUGAUGCCUGCUACCAAAAGUUCAAUGAUCCCAAUGACGAAUACAACCAUAAAAUUGAGUUUCAAAACUAUGUCUACAUUAAGAAAGGUUUGAUAAAAGCAAUCAUUAACUCAACUGACUAUAUUGUUAAAUUAUUCGAAUCUCAAGGUCCUCAAAUGUUCAUCAAGCAAAUAUUUUACAAGUUCAAGAAUCAUCAAACUUUUGGAGUUCCUUGUGAUACAACUAACCAUGGUUCUGGUGUUACCGGCGUUGCUGGUGUAAAUGCUGGUACACCUUCCAAUGGUGGUAACGUAGUGAGCUCGUCGUCUCCCGACUAUUACUACCUUCCAUCACCAGCAUAUACUGCCUAUGAAAGUUCCAAUAAAGGCAGUGCAUCACCCAUAUGUUCAUCAUCAAUGAAUUCCCCGGAAUCUGCAACUUCUACUUCAAGUUCAGUCUACACAAACAUGUCAUCUACUACGGCGGCUUCAUCUACAGGAAACUCCCCUUAUAAGAGGAAACCUUCAUUAGUUAAUAACACUACCACUUGUGCAACAACAGUCGCUUCCAUCAUAUCCGGGGUCCCACCUUGCGCACCGCCACCUCAACCACCCUCAAGUGCCGGCAUACCUGCAACCAGAAGAGCGUUAUCUAUACCGCCUCCACAUCAAAUCACCAAAGAUGAUUAUCUGCCGGUCUUCAAAGUAAUGUACCCAACUCCUUCAUCGGGAAAUAGUAAAAGGGUUCAAAAGCAAACACCACAAAGUUCCUCAUAUCAUCAUAAAUUACCCCCCUUGAUCAUAAACAAGUUGAACGAAAACAGUAGCCAGGCUAGUUUGGUAUCACUUGACAACAGACACAAGGGCCGCAACAUUCUAUUGGCUAAUCCUGGAAUAGUGAGCAGAGUAUGUUUGGCCAGUUUGGCCAUGAUACGAGCUGUGGCCGGUGCCAACGAGGACACAGCAGCCAUGCAAGACAUUGCCGGAACAUGGGUUUCAAAAUCAAAUACUGUUUUCACUGGACCAGGGUUUUAUGAUCCAGUUGAUGAACUUUUGAUAGAGCCUGAAUUGCCUGGGGUAUCUUAUUCGUUUACCGAAGACGGACAUUUCGAACAAGCAUUGUAUCGGGUCAAGGGAAAUGCACGGAAUCACAGUUGUCCUACAGCCGUUUUGAUUUGGCAACAUGGUACUUAUGAAGUUUUAGCUAAUGGGUCGAUUAUCUUGAACCCUAUAGCUGUUGAUGGUAGACAGUUGUUGAGUGACCCCUGUGGUACUAGUUUUGAUCAUUCUGUUUACAGUAGAUAUACUCAAAUGACUUGGUUCUUGAAAUAUAUUAAGUAUUUGGAUGAUUACCAUGGAAGAUGGAAGUUGCAACUCUAUAACUUUGAUGGAUCUCCAGUUCAACCUUUAUACUUGGCUUAUCGUCCUCCUUUAAUGCUUCCAACUUCUGCAUUGAACCCUACCAAUAGAGCCUCGGAAACUGCUACGUCUUUGGGAGUAAAGGUCAAAAGAUCUUUGGAAAACAUGUACAAUACAAAUGCUGUUCUUUCUAAAGGUGGAGACUAUGACAAGUAUUGGUGGUUUGCUGUCAGUGGAUUGUCAAUGGCUUCAGCUUCAUACUUUUUUUUGUUAUGA